GACUGUUGCGGUGUUCAAGCGCCCACCAUGGCCGAAGCGCCCUCUCAAGUGCGACAGAACUAUGACUGGCACUGCGAGGAUGCUGUCAACACCCACAUCCAGCUGCAGCUCUAUGCCUCCUAUGUGUACAUGUCGAUGGCCGUCUACUUUGACCGUGAUGACGUGGCUCUGGAGAACUUCAAGCGUUUCUUUUUGAGCAAGUCACACAACUGCCAGGCCAGUGCUGAGAUGUUCAUGCAACUGCAGAAUAAGCGUGGAGGCUAUGUCACCCUCCUUGACAUCUCGAGGCCGGAACGCGACAGCUGGCAUGGGGGCUUUCAGGCCAUGGAAUGCGCCCUGCACAUGGAGAUGAUGCUCAACGAGAACCUGCUGAACAUGCACGGGAUGGCCAAGGAAAAAGGCGACGCCCACCUCUGCCAUUUCCUGGAGGAAAACUGCCUGAAUCAGCAGGUCGAAGUUCUGAAAGAGGUGGGCGGCUACCUGACCAACCUGCGCCACAUUGGGGCCGUGGAGCAUAACUUGGCUGAGUACCUCUUUGACAAGCUCAGCCUGUCAUAAAGCUUCAAGUGGACUGAACUGGGAUGUCCCCACUGCCAUGGGGAUUUUCUCUGGUCAUAACACCUGAUGUCCAUGUUGUCUUUGAAGCAAAGUUCACUCAUCUUCUGUUUCUAUUCGACUGUUGUUCAAAAUAAAAUUUGUCUGCUUGCAGCAAAGUU